AUGAAAGGUCAGUCUUCGAGAGUUCGCGCCAUGCCAUGCUGGAGAGUCACGCUUGUGGGGAUUCUGUUUGCGUCUGCGCCGCUAACUGCCAACGGUAUCCAGCCAAGGCCUGUGUCCGAAGAGCUUCAAACUCUGCCGAGCAUAGACUGUCUUGAAGCCCGACUAAAGGAUCCAAAUGCAAACUGCGAUGAUAUCAUACCUCAAGAUGGCAGGACCGUGCGAGUCAUCUUCAAUAUGUCGCAGGUUGCCCCAAGGAGUGCAAGCCACAAUCAGAGCGCCUCCAGCGAGGAGAGCGUUAUUGUGCGCUUCUCCAUGAAUGAGACCAAUGGUCAGGAGACUUCAGUCAGAGACAUUUCCCUUUUCAACUUUCCCAACUACAAGGCACCGGCUUGCAGAAACAACAAUGCGCCGGUCUGUGACCCCUAUGGCUUCCUCAGCGUGACAGAAGGAAAGAACUUGUCCCUGGAACUUGAGAAGUUGCGUGCGCAGCAUCUCGUGAUAUGUGAGGACUUGAUUUCAGAGCCAAUUGAUCAGCGGCACCUGCAGCCCUUCUACGUGGGCGUGGCUAUUGCCCAGGCCAAUGGAGCUGAACUGAGCUUGUCAACUUUGAGGCAGUACGGUCACCUAAUCCUGUCCGAGUGGAACAUGGACGAGGCCUAUGCCGCCAACGGGCAGCUCAUGCGCUGUCCAAACCAAGCACUUCUUCUCAUUGUUCCAGACAGAAGCCAGGUUGUACUUGUCACAGAUUCUUGCCGCUAUGUUUGCGAGGAGAAGGGGGCUGCAGCCUCGCAAGUGGUGACCAGCUCACUGCACCGUGGCAGUGUGGCUGAUGCGGUCUUGGCUGGGGUCAGAUCAGUGUACGACUCUCUUCCAUUGAGUGUUCCCCAGGGCGAGGCGAUGCCGCCUCUAGCAGUGGAAGCGCCGGCCAGCCCGGAAAGCAACGCUGAGACCUGGGUCCUGUUCGUACAGCGCGCCGUCUUUGCCUUUGCGGUGAUGGCGCUGGGCUUCAGCCUGCUGGUGGGGCUCCUUGUGAUGUGCUUUGCUCCGGGACUGGCCAAAGGCCAUCGUGGCUACAUCUCGCGUCACGAAGCAUUGAAUUAG